GGGUGAAAAAGAAGGAAGGAAGGUAUGGUUUGGGCGGCAGCGCUUCUUCUUCGGCUGGCAAGCGUCCUGGCCGCAGCGGCGGCAGCCACGCCAGAUGCCUUGCCCGGCUGCCAAGCCAAGUGCGGGAACGUCACCAUUCCCUACCCCUUCGGCAUCGGUGAGGGCUGCUUCAUGGAAGGCUUCGACAUCACUUGCAACAACUCCGUGCCCUACCUCAGCGACGGCAACAUCGACGUUGUAGAGAUCCAGCUCUCCGAGGGCCUGCUGGUCGUCAACCAAUUCAAGGCCUUCGACUGCUACAGUGAGGACGGCAAGGACAACAGCUACAACAAGCCAUCCAUCAACAUAACCGGCCUGCCGUACAAGUUCUCCGAUUCCCGGAACAAGUUCAUGGCAGUUGGGUGCGAUACUGUAGCAUAUCUCUGGGAUGACGACUCGGGGCUGCAGACCGGGUGCUUCACUUUGUGCAACAACACCAGAAACAUCCCCCUUGGCACGUGUUCUGGCAUCGGCUGCUGCCAAACGCCGAUUCCCAAGGGCCUCACGAACUUCGAAGUCGUCAUCGAUAGCACCAUGAACCACACCAAUUGCUGGGGUUUCAAUCCUUGCAGCUACGGCUUCUUGGCCGACGAGGGGUGGCUCAACUUCAGCGUCUCCAGCUUCUCCAACCUCAGCAACGUGACGAACGUCCCAGUGACGCUGGACUGGGCGAUUGGGGACCGGACUUGCGAGGAGGCGAGCACGAGCAGCACGGCGUUCGCAUGCAAGGACAAGCACAGCCGCUGCUUGAACUCUACUAAUGGGCCGGGUUAUCGGUGCAAUUGCUUGGAAGGGUUUGAAGGCAAUCCUUAUAUAGAAGAUGGAUGCCGAGGUAAUGCUUCUUCUCUUGAGGCCCCACUGCUUUUAACCCGUGGAGCAUUCGGUCUGGUGUUUCUGAUCAUUCUAUGUUCUUGGUUAUACUGGAUCAUCAAGAAGAAAAGACUCAUCGAGCUCAAGCAGAAGUUUUUCGAAAAAAAUGGAGGUCUUUUGUUACGACAGCAAGUCUCAUCGCUCGAGGGCGGUGCUCCGGCGACAAGGAUGUUCACAAUGGAGGAGCUUGAAAUGGCUACCGGUAACUAUAAGGAAAGCCGCAUCCUUGGCCAAGGCGGCGCCGGGACAGUCUAUAAAGGAAUUCUACGAGAUCAAGCAGUUGUUGCUAUCAAGAAAUCAAAGAUCACGAAUGACGAUGAGAUCGAGCAAUUUAUAAAUGAGGUGGUUGUUCUUUCCCAUAUCAACCAUAGGAAUGUGGUGAAGCUUCUUGGAUGCUGUCUGGAGACUAGAGUCCCUUUGCUAGUUUAUGAAUUCGUGCCCAAUGGAACUCUUUCCCAUCAUAUCCAUGACGAAGAUCGCAAGGCCUCCUUAUCCUUGGAGGCCCGUUUGAGGAUUGCUGCAGAAAUUGCAGGAGCAUUGGCUUACCUGCACUCGGCAGCCUCUAUACCUAUCAUUCAUAGAGAUGUCAAGUCCAGCAAUGUUCUCUUAGAUGAUAAUUACACUGCUAAAAUUUCUGAUUUUGGAGUGUCGAGGUUGGUUCCCUUUGACCUAAAGGGUCUUACAUCGUUGGUACGAGGGACUUUCGGUUACCUGGAUCCAGAAUACUUCCACACCGCUCAGUUCACGGACAAGAGUGAUGUCUACAGUUUUGGAGUGAUUCUUGUGGAGCUCCUAACAGGUGAAAAGCCCGUGGCUUCGACAAGGUCAGCGGAAUGCAGGAAUCUUGCCAUGCAUUUCCAAUCAUGUUUGAAGGAUGGUCGCCUUUUCCAGAUCUUGGAGGACCGUGUGGUCAAUGAAGGCUCGCCGGAGCUGCUCGCUGCAGUAGCAAAGCUUGCCAAGCAUUGCCUCAGCUUGAUGGGAGAAGAGAGGCCUGCCAUGAAAGAAGUUGCAAUGGAGCUAGAGGGGUUGCGAAGAUUUCACCAGCACCCGUGGAUUAAAGAGAAUGAAGAGGAGGGAGAGAUUCUGUUGAAGGGAGCUGAAUGCCCGACCGCGAGAGGUAUGCUUGGCGAGGAUGAUUCUUCAGUGCAUGUUAUGCAGCCAUUCGACAUUAUGCGAUGAUAUUAUUUCUUUUUUGAGUGCAUCCAGAGGUCUAAGAAGCUACUUUACCUUCCUGCGUUACAAAGUUGUCUCAAGUAACAGCAGAUCUUCUCUUGAGUGCCGGGAUCAUCUUUGUUACCCCAUAAUGGGGGUCUAUAUGAGGUAUCAGCAAUAAAUAUACUGUGAUUGAAGGCAUUGUAGAGCAGUUGUAUCUGUUUUUUUCUGUUGCUGGAAUGAUUUGGUUAUCCUAAAUUAAACUAUAGUUUAGAUAUAUGUAGACUAGAAUUUGACAGGGGGUAGGGUGAUGGUUGGCACCCAAGGCGGAGCCUCGCCAUAGCGCUCGGAAGAAAGGGUCUAAUGAUACUACAAAUACGUCUCCGAACCCUUACUUCAGCUAGUUUUUGCCUCUCUCUUCAGUGCAUGGUACGCAUAUUUCUGUCUCAGUUCUGCUCAAGAAUUUUAUCAAACAGUAAUGCCAGUAUAGUUUUCUUCACAUUGUAAUUAU